UUCCAUCAAGGUUGUGAAAAGACGUCUGGUCCAAAAUUGGACUAGGGGGUCCUGUAGCUCCAAACCUUGAUGUCUGCCUCACUGCCUCGGUCCAGGGGAACUGGUUGAAAUUUGCUGGCCACGAAAUGGAUCAGGAGUGCUCUUUACUGGUUCAGGGAGAAGAUGUGCCCACAGCGUGAUUAUUUUUUGAGAGCAUGAGGGCAGUGGAUAUAUAUAUAUUUUUUUAAUCUCUCUCUCUCACUCCCCCACCCACCUUCCCCAAGAUUCUACAAAGAAGUAGACCUUUCCUAAUUGCAGUCAUUUUGUUGGAUUUUGAUCACAGCUAUUUGGGGUUGGGGUUUUCCCCACGGGAAGUCUGGAGUUUGUGUUUUUCUUUUUUUAACUUUCUGGAGAAGGGAUGCCUUAUGAAGCAAGCUUUUCUAGCUGCCUGAUGCCCCAUGCUUGCUAAUCGGUGGAUACUGAAUUAUUCAAAAUGUGGAGCCAGUGGACAGUGGUGAGUGUGCUUGUGAUGUCGUGCCUGUCCCUGGCCUCCCAUCAUGAACACGGACCGGUUAAGCAGGCGUCUCCAUCUGAGCAGCAGAUCAAGGCUGCCUCGAGUUUGGAAGAGCUGCUCCGCAUCACGCACUCCGAGGACUGGAAGCUGUGGAGAUGCCGGCUGAAGCUCAAAGAUGUCACCAGCCUAGACGCUCGCUCAGCGUCUCAUCGGUCCACCAGGUUUGCCGCCACUUUCUAUGACAUCGAGACGCUGAAAGUGAUUGACGAGGAAUGGCAGCGGACCCAGUGCAGCCCGAGAGAGACCUGUGUGGAGGUGGCCCGAGAGCUGGGCCAGAGCACUGACACGUUCUUCAAGCCGCCCUGCGUGAAUGUCUUCCGCUGCGGCGGCUGCUGCAAUGAGGAGAGCCUGGUCUGUGUCAACACCAGCACCUCGUACGUCUCCAAGCAGCUCUUUGAGAUAUCUGUCCCUUUGACAUCAGUACCUGAAUUAGUGCCUGUUAAAGUUGCCAACCACACGGGCUGUAAGUGCUUGUCAACGGCUCCCCAACACCCAUACUCAAUCAUCCGAAGGUCCAUCCAGGUUGGCGAAGAAGAUCGAUGUCCCCAUUCCAAGAAGCUCUGUCCAGCUGAUAUGCUCUGGGACAGCAACCAAUGCAAUUGUGUUCUUCGGGAGGAGAAUCCCUUCGGGGGGAUGGAAGACCACGCUCACCUCCGGGAGCUGCCGCUGUGUGGGCCACACAUGAAGUUCGACGAAGAUCGCUGCGAGUGUGUCUGUAAAUCUCCGUGUCCCCGAGACCUCAUCCAGCACCCCGAAAACUGCAGCUGCUUUGAAUGCAGAGAAAGUCUGGAGAGCUGCUGCCAGAAACAGAAGAUCCACCACCCCGACACCUGCAGGGGAAUGGCUUUUCCGCUUUCCCCGUGAUUCUUCCCCUUCCACUUGGAAUCUGUGAGGACACAUGCCCCCUUUCCACCAGAACCAGUGCACAUGGAAGACUGAUGUGAGCGCAGUACGGCCGCUUCCCAAGGGAGAAAAGAG